CCGAAGUUUGCUUCCGUUCUUGAUUUAUAUUUAAAAUGUUCGCAAGUUACUAACACGAUCGACCUUGAGAUAUUUAUACAAUUUAAUGUUAUUUUCACUUAAAUAGUUUGUUAAUAAUGUCGUGCAAUAUAGCAAUUUCAUUCACUAUAUAAAUACAAUCCAAAACCUGCCAGUACCCAGUUAAAGCCAAAUGUUUUUCCCUUGUUUGUUGGUCGCAAUUUGGUUGGGAGUCCUGCUGAUUCAUGACUGUGGAGCUGCGCGGAAAUGGGACUACGAACCCAUAUCAGUCACCGCAUUAAGCUCUGAUGAAAGUCUAGUAAAGUUUGAACCCAAGAUCAUUCGCAUGGGGCGCGGAGAACUAGGAAUAUCAGCCGAUGUUUUGUGGAACUAUGAUACGUCUGAGGAAACCAUGGUUUCGGCCGAUGUCUACCGAAGCACUUCGGGAGAUGAAAGGGAUUAUAAGCUGCUCCCUUGGAAAAUUCCCAAUCAACCCUUGUACGAAUACCUUGACAACUACUACAAGGAUGUGAUAGUUAAGAACUUUGCCCCCUGCUCCAACCUUCCGCAGUUCGAGGGCAAGUUCGAACCGCCAAUACCAAAGCAGACAUAUACUGCCGACAAAUGCGUGUUCGAAGGCGACGGGCUACCGGAAAUUGCACCGCCUGGAUUCUACAAGAUCAUAUUUAAUUGCACUGGACCCGACCAGCCAACAUGGAGCCUUGAAGCGAUUAUAAAACUGACAAACAAAAUGUUUUGAACCAUUGCAAAAAAUC